AUGAAUUAUCAACCGUUACCUCAUGGUCGUCGUUCAUUUUAUGAGAAACCCAUCAAACCGACAAAGAUUGGAGACACCGCGAACACCAAUCGCCAUCAUCCAAUUCAAAAUGCUUCGGUGCUAUUCCAGUAUAUCAAUAGCAAUAUUAUAGUCAUCUACUGUGACUAUACUGCAUCUGGCAAAGCAUUAGCUUUCAUCGAAGAUUAUAUCAGAAAUGAAGUCCUACCUAUGUAUGGUAAUACGCACACCACUACGACAGUGACCUCACAACAAACAACAUUGUAUAGGCAUGAAGCAAGGGACAUAAUACGCAGUGCAGUCAAUGCUUCAGUAAAUGAUAGAGUUAUAUUUACUGGUAGCGGUUGUACUGGAGCUAUCCAUGAACUUGUUCAUGCAUUAAAUAUUGAUCCAUCCAAAACAGUAAUAUUUGUAGGCCCAUUUGAACACCAUUCUAAUUUAUUACCAUGGAGGGAGUUAGGAACUAAGGUAAUAAGGAUUGCAGAAGAUGAACGUGGAUGUGUUGAUCAAAAAGACCUUAAUGAAAAACUACAAGAAAAUAAAGCUACAGCUUUUCAGAUGAUCGGAUGCUUUUCUGCUGCUUCAAAUAUUACGGGAAUACUCGUUGAUACGGAUGCUAUUACCAUGUGUUUGCAUAAGCAUGGAGCUCUUGCCUUUUGGGACUAUGCAACAGCUGCUCCAUAUACAAAUAUCGAUAUGAAUCCAGUCUUAACGCAUGAUGACCAACAUUUGGCAUUUAAAGAUGCGAUAUACUUAUCUCCUCACAAAUUUGUCGGAGGAGUGGGUUCUCCAGUUUCUGCCUUGAAAUUGAUCCCGGAAGGUUUGUUAAUUGCAAAGAAGUCUCUAUUUAGAAAUCCUAGCCCUGCUAUUAGUGGAGGAGGAACGGUUUUCUUCGUUACACAACAGAGUCAUCGAUACUUGGAAGAUAUUGAAAUCCGAGAAGAAGGUGGAACUCCUGAUAUAGUCGGUUCGGUGCGUGCCAGUUUAGCGUUUCAGCUAAAAAUGGCUUUAACGCCGGAGAGUAUCAUGAACAGGGAACGUGAGAUUCUUAAAUUAGCCCUUGCGAAAUGGUCAAAGUGCCCUAACCUGCUUAUACUAGGCAAUACGGACGUUCCUCGAUUGCCAAUAUUUUCUUUCUUAAUCCGUCACUCGGAAACGAAACGUUUCUUACAUUAUAACUACGUAUGCGUGCUAUUAAACGACUUGUUCGGUAUUCAAGCCAGGGGAGGAUGUGCUUGUGCUGGACCGUAUGCUGAGUAUACCUUUAAUCCAGAAACAAGCCAAUGGAGACAUCAAUCAUUUCAGGUUUUUAAAGACCGAAAAUGGCUAGGCAAUAUAAAUUAUGACUUAGGUUUUAUGAAUUAUGUGAAUAAUACGUCAACUAAUUGCAAAGAAUCUUUAGAUGAAUAUCUUAGUCUUGCGAAAACACAGCUAGAAAAAAUACACCCAGGCCAGUUACCGUCGAUAUCUGAUCAAACCUUAAUACUGGGAGGGCAUGGAGAGUCUCUAAGAUGGUUUAUGUAUCCUUGUGAAGCGCAGCAAAUUCUGCUUGGUAAAAAUCUUAAUAUGGAAAGGACUUUCAUACCGCCUUUUAUUCCUCGUCACUAUGGUGAAGAUGGCGUAGUUGUAUUACAAGAUCAUGCAUGCGUGAUUAAUAAAUGUAGUAGCAAAAUCUCCGGUAAUAAAACCAACGGUUACGAGAAUCAAAGCCUUUCAGAUUCAACACCGUGUACAUUGGAUAAAAACAUAAGUAAUGAGUGCGAUGCGAAAUCCGGUAUUGGUUUCCAAGCAUCUGAACCGAAGUCUAAAAUUUUAGUAUCGCAAUGUAAACAAUAUAAUUUUAAAGUUCGUUUUCAUGUGCCUCCGAAAAAGAUCAUAAAGCUGACAAUUGAGGCAGUCCAGGAUUUUAAUAUGAUUGCACAAAACGAUAAAAUUCUCGUCUGUAUAUCUGGAGGCAAAGAUUCGCUAUCAUUACUACAUACAUUGAAGCAAUAUCAAUUCUACGCACGUGCAAAAGGAAUUCAUUUUGAUAUUGGAGCCACCACAAUUGAUCCCCAAUCAUCUGGUUACAAUCCUAGACCAUUAAUCAAAUAUAUGGCUGAAUUAGGAGUUCCAUACUUUUAUGAAGAGCAAGAUAUAAUAACUGCAGCAAGCAACGUUGAUCGCUGCGACUCGAUAUGUAGUUUCUGUUCCAGAUUGAAGCGUGGCAGAAUUUAUGCAUGUGCACGACGUGAGGGAUAUAAUGUUAUUGCACUAGGUCAACAUCUCGAUGAUUUAUCAGAAAGCUUUUUAAUGUCUAUAUUUCAUAACGGUUUCUUGCGUACUAUGAAGGCUUGUUAUACUGUAAGAGAGAAAGAUCUGCGUGUUAUACGGCCAUUUGUUUACGUUAGAGAGCAGGAAUUGAAAAUAUUUGCAGAACAGGCAAAGUUACCAGUGAUUCCGGAAAAUUGUCCGGCUUGUUUCGAAGCCCCAAAGGAACGUCGAAGAGUAAAACAAUUGUUAGCUAAUCAAGAAGUAUUAUUCCCAAUGCUUCAUCAAAGUUUGCUCUCUUCCAUGAAGCCAUUGAUGUCGAGAAACAGCGUUGGGAUGGAGUCUCGAAGGAUCGUAGAUAAUCAAUUGGAUGAAGAUUAA